AUGUCCGAAUACAACUCCAACACUGUUGCCCAGUUGAAAGACUUGUUAAAAGAAAGAGGCUUAACCACCGACGGAAAGAAGGCUGACUUGGUCAACCGUUUAAUUGAAGCUGAUUCCACCAAACAGGAAGAGCCUGAAGUAGCUGAAGCCGAGCCUGAAGCUGUAGUGGCGCCAAUUGCUGCUGAAAACGAAGCUACUGAAGUCAUCGCUGAAGAUUCGGCACCUGUUGCUGACGAAGAUGCAACAUUGACUCCAAAGGUGUUGUCUGCUGAAGAAAGGAAGCAAUUAGCCAUCGAGUUGUUGAACAAAAAGGUGCAGAGAGCUGUGAAAUUCGGUGAUGAAAGUGCAGCAGAAGCUGCCAGAAAAGACUUGGUCAGAGUCGAGAAGUUUGGUGUGGAACUCGGCACUGCCUUGGCCAGAGAAAUCGGACUU